AUGGCCCCCGACAAGGCCAAGGCCCGGGUUGUAUCGAGAACACAGAUAGUUGCCCAACCGGAUCCUCCGCAAGCUGGCCUGCCACCCUGCUUCGGCAAGCGCAAAACUCUGCGGGUUACAGCGUCCAGAAGCAUGGUCGAGGUUGACACGCGCUGGCAUGGGUUUGGUGGCGCACCCUGGUUCAACCUCAGCCAAGCACCCACCUACUACCUACCUGUGCAGCUCAUACGGGUGCUGCCGCAGGUCGAAUGCCGCGAUAGUCGGGAGAUGUUGGGGCAAUACUGCGUUCGCGUCGUGGCCCAGGAUCACGGUCAAAGCGGACUUUUUAUUUUUCGCCAGAACCGCGUUAGACUCGGAAUCACCCUUGAUCGCAGUGCUGUCCACCUAGGCACUCUCUGA